AUGUCGUUGUGGAAACUAAACAAGUGUAUUUUAGAUAAAUCUAUGACCGUCGUAUCAUCUAAGGUUCCUCAAACGGGCUCUACACUUCCAUUGCGAAGGAAUCAAACCGAAGUACAAAAACCUCCUAUUGGGCAGUCGUAUAAUAAAGAUUCAACUAUUGAUGCCGCCGACGUGAAAUUCUUUUCCCAAAAAAUGAAAGACUGGUGGAAUCCAAAUGGGGAUUUAAGUUUGCUACACAGCAUGAAUUUAAUUAGGGUGCCUUUUGUCAGAGAUGGCCUAGUAACUGCUACAAAGAAAGAUUUACAUCCUUUGAGGGAUAAAAAGAUUCUAGAUGUGGGCUGCGGAGGAGGCAUUCUGUCUGAGGGGCUGGCAAGACUUGGAGCUACGGUCACGGGUAUUGAUGCUAGCAAAGAUCUAAUUGACAUUGCUGAGCAUCAUAAACAUGUUGAUCCAAAAAUAGCGGCUAACAAACCAACAUAUAUUCACUCUACUAUUGAGGAGCACGCUAAGUCAGCAUCCAAUCUCUAUGAUGGAGUUGUGGCUUCGGAGGUGAUAGAACAUGUAAACAACCAGGAACUAUUUGUCAAGUCUUGUGUACAUACCUUGAAACCUGGGGGCAGAAUAUUCUUUACGACCCCUAACAGAACGAGAUGGUCACAAAUGUUUAUUAUAUAUUUUGCGGAGAAUGUAUUGAAAAGCGUACCCAAAGGGGCCCAUCAGUAUGAGAAGUUUAUUACGCCUAAUGAACUAAGUUUUCUGUUAGAAAGAAAUAAUUGCCAUGUAGAACUGACUUACGGCGUGACAUUCAACCCGGUUACUGGCCAUUGGGACUUCUCGCAAUUUCAACAUCUGAUGUACGCCAUCCAAGCAAUAAAAUUAAGUUAA